AUGAACAGAUCGUUGAUAUCGGCCUUCCGGCCGCUUGCGAGCUCAAGGGUACCUAUCACAAGAUGUGUACCCCAAUACCGAAACUUCAGUGCAACUUCUCGCCGAAGCUUGAGUGCUGUCUUUGCAGAGACUGAGAACCCUGACUUGAACCAAAUCCUCACUCAAAUUCAGGAGAAGAUCAUCCUGCCCGCCUACCUACCAGAGGCGCAGAGAAAACUCAUUCACAACAAGAAGAAGAGCGACUACAUCCAGCGAAACCCCGUUGUCAUUGAGCUUGAUGGCCUCGAGCAUACUUUCAAGACCAUUGACCGAUUCACGGAUAUUCCCAACGCGGACAAGGCAUACCAGGAGGCGACAAAACUCAUGAAGACGAAAGAGGAAUGGGACAACUUGGGCACACUUCUUGCCGGAUACAAGAAGGCUGGCAUUCGACUAAAACGUCGACAAUAUGACUCCGCGAUCCGAAGGGCUGGUCAGCACCGACAGCCAUAUGCGAUUAUCGAGUGCGCCAAGCAGGCUUCAAAGACUGGGUUUCUUUUGAACAACACCAGUUCUGUUGUUCUUCUCUUGGCGAGUACCAACAUCAGAAUCGCCAAUCCUACCGCAGAGGAGAGCGAGGUUCAGGAAGCGUUGAAGUGGAACCAGUUGGUUUGGGAUCUGAUACAACGACCGGAGCAUCUGCGAGACGCUGCAUUGCCUCGUGAGCAGCCUCAUUUUAACCCCGCGAUCCGAGGUUUGAUCCUUUACGCCCAAACAUCUGCAGUCAAGGAGCAGCAGGCAGCUGGAGCUUCUGUGGAGCAGUUGAUCCGAGACGUGCGAGAUAAUGUUGAGUUUAUCGCCAGCGCCUGGAAGGACCAGCUAUCCGAACCCUUGACCAAAUCCCCCUACCUCAACUAUGUGAACGCACGUGCUGAGCCCCUCAGCGCCCAGCACAUGCAACACAUUGCCCCCUAUUUCUAUGUCCAGCUCGUGGCCCAGAACGUCCGGGGAAUAGAGCUGGCACAAGAGAUCAUUGGUGACGAUGCUAGCGAUCUGACACCUGUCCGAGAGGCAUUCGAGCAAAACCUUGAAACUUUCAUUAGGGCAGAUGUAAGUGUAGGAGGCAAACGGAAUAAGGCAGGCUGGGGUGGCGCAUAUGAGGACGUAACAGGACGGAAGCCCAACUGGGCGGAUGCCCUCUGGUCAGAGUAA